CGCUCCGGCCGCCCCGGCCACCGCCUCGUCCUCGUCCGGCUCGUCCUCGACGUCAGGACGAGCGGCGAAGGCGAGCGGCCGGCCAGCCAACGGUCGGCCGCCGGCGCAGGAGGAGGACCCGCUGCCGCCCGGAUGGGAGGUGCGGAUCGACUCGCUGGGCCGACGCUACUACGUGGACCACACGACCCGCAGCACCACGUGGGAGCGCCCCAAGCCGCUGCCGCCCGGCUGGGAGAUGAGGCGCGACCCGCGCGGGCGCGUCUACUACGUCGACCACAACACGCGCACCACCACCUGGCAGCGGCCCACUGUCGAGAGCCUGCGCAACUACCAGGAGUGGCAGGGCGAGCGGUCGCAGGUGAUGAAGCAGAGCAACAUGCGCUUCCUGUACCCGAUGGCGGGCGGAGCGGCCACCAACGGCGCGCCGCCCGCCGACGAGGAUCCGCUCGGCUCACUGCCCGACGGCUGGGAGAAGCGCAUCGAGCCCAACGGCCGCGUGUACUACGUCAACCACAAGAACCGCACCACGCAGUGGGAGGAUCCGCGCACACAGGGCAAGGUGAUCCAGGAGGAGCCGCUGCUGCCGGGCUGGGAGAUGCGCUACACCAAGGACAACAUGCGCUACUUCGUCGACCACAACACGCGCACAACGACGUUCGACGACCCGCGGCCCGGUGCCGCCAAGGGGCCGGUCGGCGCCUACGGCGUACCGAUCGCGUACGAGCGCUCGUUCCGCUGGAAGCUCGGCCAGUUUCGCUACCUCUGCUCGUCGAACGCGCUGCCCAGCCACAUCAAGGUGUCGGUGUCGCGCCAGACCCUGUUCGACGAGAGCUUCCACCAGAUCAUGCGGCUGCCGGCCUACGAGCUGCGCCGCAAGCUCUACAUCAUCUUCCGCGGCGAGGAGGGACUCGACUACGGCGGUGUGGCGCGGGAAUGGUUUUUCAUGCUGUCUCACGAGCUUCUGAACCCGAUGUACGGCAUGUUUGAGUACGCCAACAAGAAUAACUACAGUCUGGAGAUCAACCCGGCGUCGGAGAUCAACCCCGACCACCUGAUGUACUUCAAGUUUAUCGGCCGCUUCAUCGCCAUGGCGCUGUACCACGGCAAGUUCAUCUACCGCGGCUUCACCAUGCCCUUCUACAAGCGCAUGCUGAACAAGAAGCUGACGACCAAAGACAUUGAGUCGGUGGACCCCGAGUACUACGGCUCUCUCGUGUGGGUGCGCGACAACAACAUUGAGGAGUGCGGUAUGGAGAUGUACUUCUCUGUGGACUGGGAGAAGUUAGGCAAGAUCAUGCACCACGAGCUGAAGGAGGGCGGCGACGACAUCCUGGUCACCGAGGAGAACAAGGAGGAGUACAUCAAACUGGUGACCUCGUGGCGCAUGACGCGAGGGAUUGAGGAGCAGACGCGCUCGUUCUUGGACGGCUUCAACGAGGUGGUGCCGCUCGAGUGGCUGCAGUACUUCGACGAGCGUGAGCUGGAGCUCAUGCUCUGCGGCAUGCAGGAGAUCGACGUCCAGGACUGGCAGCGCAACACCAUCUACCGGCACUACACGCGCAACAGCAAGCAGGUGCAGUGGUUCUGGCAGUUCGUCAAGGAGAGCGACAACGAGCGGCGCGCCCGCCUGCUGCAGUUUGUCACCGGCACCUGCCGCGUGCCCGUCGGAGGCUUCGCCGAGCUCAUGGGCAGCAACGGGCCUCAGCGCUUCUGCAUCGAGAAGGUUGGCAAGGAGACGUGGCUGCCGCGCUCGCACACCUGCUUCAACCGGCUCGACCUGCCGCCCUACAAGACCUACGAGCAGUUCGUGGAGAAGCUCACCUUUGCCAUCGAGGAGACGGAGGGAUUCGGCCAGGAGUGACGCGCCGGCCGCCGCGCCGCCUGGCGGCGGUCGGCGCGCCACCCGUCGGCCCACAUUCCGCGCCCCGCCGCCGCGAACGCGCGCGUCACCACCACGUACGCGCGCGGCUAGCUCGUUUCUACAAAUACGGGGUCUAGAUUAUGCCGAUACCGUUAGUCAGUUGUACUGUGAUCCACCUCUAUUUUACCCUUGUUGGGCGGUGCGCGACCCGCCGGACCGGGGUGUGGUGUUGGGGCGUGGUGUUCACGCCCGCGUGUUCCGUGCGGUGGCCCGGAGGCAGGCGAGGCCGAAACGUUCAGGACGAGUCGCCGGUGCCUGGCCGCCUGCCGACGCUUACGUCGGCGUACGUGUGACUGUUUGUAAAUAAUAAUUCAACUAUGAACCGAUGAAAUACAUGACCACGAAUC